CUCCACCAAACGAAGCACGAAGACACCCCCGCGAACAAAAGCCGCAGCGAGGAAGCGAAGAGGGCGCAUCCAAUCCGAAUCGAAGCAUGUAAGCAAGCCAAUCCCAUCUGCUGUUCGUACACGCGCAUUCUGCGAUUGAUUCCCAAAUCAUUCUAUGAGGGCGUCGAUUAAUCGGCCGCCGACGCCGGGUGCGGAUGAGGAGGAGAAGGAGAAGGAGCCCUCUCUCAAAGAAAUCAUAAACAUCAAGUUGGUAGAGAGCGGGGAGAAGGAAAAGCUCAUGGAGCUCCUUCGGGAGCGGCUCGUCGAGUGCGGCUGGAGGGAUGAGAUGAAGGCGCUCUGCAGGGCUUAUGCAAGGAAGAAAGGAAGAAAUAAUGUGACAGUAGAUGAUCUUAUUCAUGUUAUUACUCCUAAAGGAAGAGCAUCAGUUCCUGAUUCUGUGAAGGCAGAGCUCCUGCAACGUAUCCGAUCCUUUCUCAUGUCUUCCUCACUCCGGUAGUCAUUUAUGGUAGCAGUUGGGAGGUAAAUAUAUGAAUGUUGGUAAGUUUAUCUUGUGGGCAGCAAAACUUAAGUAAAACAUUGCAUCAGGCAAUAUUGUGAACGUGAAAAGAAUCGAGAGGGAUCUUCAUGGUUGUCCACGUGUUUCUUGGUCAGGCAGGCAGUUGGCAUGAUUUUCAGGUGUACCAAUACACAUACUUGUAACCCCUUAAAUACUGUUGCCAAAGGAACCUUCCAGCUUGUAAUACUACAUUGUGUUAUCACAGCUCAAUCGAUCUUGACAUCGUAAUUAGAAAAUGAUGAAUGAAUCCAUGUGGUCAUGUCAAAUUUGAUUGAGUGA